CAUAACUCAAGGAUCACGGCAAAAGUCGAGACUUUCAGAAGAUGGAAAGGGGGACGGGACCAGGGAUGCCCUCCAGCACCGGCCGGUACAUUCCGCCAAGUCGCAGAGCUCCAAGUCAGCAACAAGAAGGGAUCGAGAGAGGUGCAGCCUCGAGUGCAGCAAGGAACUCGGCGUCACCAGUGCAAUCAAGGCCACAUCAAGGUUCGGAGGACCGGGUUCGGGAAUCAAUUAGCAGAUGCUACGACGAAGGCAUCUGCCCGAAUGGACUGGAACUGGGAGUGGUGGUUGAAGAUGAAGAAGGAAGAAGGUUCGUAGUGGAUGAGACUGUAGACAACAUUAAGGUGACUUGGCUGAAAGAAAGAACAGUAAUCCUGAUCUUUCAAGAAGAAGCAAGGAACCUCUCAAGGCAGGUCAAGGAGGACCUGAUCAGAGCUUAUGAAGACGGGUGGAUGCCGCAACAGAUCUUUGAUCCUGACACGAGGAGAGGCAGAAUCCGCUUCGAGGGCCAGAAUGUCGUUUCCUACGUAGCCAAGGUAAAGGAAGUAGCAGACUGGAUGCUGAGAUCGAAGGAGGCAAAACUAAAACUGGGAAAUAAAGAGUACAUUACAACUUUCAAGCCUUGGAUGCCCCGCCAGGAGCUUCGGGACAGGAAACUGCAGGAAGCGGAGAGGAACUUCUGGAUUGUAGCCUUGAGAGUACAGUUGGACACCUACUACUACUUAGGCGAAGCAGUCAGGGGGAUGUUCGGAGAAGUGCUGGAGAUGCACCCCCCCGAGUACGAUAGAACGCGACCGAAACUGAUGAACGUCAAGAUGGAUAUGCAUCCAGACGCAAGAUUCAACGUUGACGACGUCCUGCAAAUGGUGGAACUCAGACAUCCCUUCGAUGAAGCAGCGCCUACGGCGUCCACAACAGCAGGGAUGCUCGACUACGCUAGAUUAUACUACGAAGAUAUCCUCACUACCCGCCGGCCGCAGGACAACAUACACACCGAUCUGACAAGGAUCUCGAGUUUGUGGGAAGACACGCAGGCGAGACUUCCACUUCCAGCAAAGCUAGACCUGGACAGACCUCUUACCUUCGAAGAGACCACCCAAACGUUGAAAUCCAUGGCGAAAGACAAGGCGCCCCGUAUCGAUGGGCUGACGGUGGUGUUCUACUCCAAAUGCUGGGGUGCGGUAGGACAACCACUGGUGGAACUCUACAACGAGGUGCUGAUGGGAGGCAGGUUGGGUAAGAAGAUGACACACGGUGUUAUCUCGGUACUCUUCAAGAAGGGGGACAAGGCGGAGGUGAGGAACUGGCGCCCGAUCUCCUUACUCAAUGUCUCGUACAAAAUUUUGGCCAAGACAUUAGCAAGGAGAUUAGGGAGGUACUUACCUGAGCUGGUGGAGAAAGACCAAGGCGCCUUCGUCCAAGGGCGCUCCAUCUUCAACAACAUCGCAACCGCCAUCGAGGUCCUGGAGGUGGUACAAUCUGAGAACUUGGAUACAACGGUACUGCUGUUGGACUUGGAAAAGGCUUAUGAUAAGCCGGACGGCGUGCAGCGCGGGCUUAUUGCCGAAAUUAUCUCGCGUUUCGAGAAGAAAGGUUUUUAUCUCAGAGGGAUGAAGUUGAUGGACGUGAAAAAGGCGUUGGGGGAGCAGCAUUACGCGGAGCACGAGGGCAAGCCUUUCUUCCCCGGGUUGGUUAAGUAUAUCUGCUCUGGCCCGGUUGUGGCUAUGGUGUGGGAGGGUCCCAAUGUCGUCGCGUCUGGACGGCAGAUGAUCGGAGCGACCAAGCCUCACGAGUCUGCCGCGGGCACGAUUCGUGGGGAUUACGCCUUGACUGUGGGCAGGAACCUGAUUCACGGGAGCGAUGCCGUCGAGAGCGCGAAGAAAGAGAUUGCCCUCUGGUUCCCCGAGGGUCUGUCGCAGUGGAAGAGCUGCCAGCACCCAUGGAUCUACGAGUAAAUGAAUGCUCUCUCUCUCUCUCUCCUCUCUCUCUCUCUCUCUCUCUCUCUCUCUCUCUCUCUCUCUCUCUCUCUCUCUCUCUCUUUCUCUCUCUCUCUCUCUUUCUGUUCUUAUCUGGGUAGGCUUAGCCUUUCUCGUGUAUUCAGGCGUCGUGUGUUUAAUUUAAUUGAGAGGUUUUUUCUUCUUGGUUGAGGAUGGAUCGACUUUACUUGCGAGUGCGGGAGGUGCGUUGUAAACGAGGCGAAAGGUCUCGUUGGUGGCGACGGCGGUUUUUGUAAACUAGUGAAUGAUUUUCACCUUGCAGUGGAAGAAGUUAUUUUGCUCUCACGAUAUCUUCACACUUGCUCCUGGAAAACCGGCUCC